GCAGACACGCGCGCGCAGAAGCUCCCAGGCGGAGGCGGCGAUGGCGGCCGGAGUUCUGAGCGGCGUCCCUGACGCGGUGAUUGAUUCGGACGGGGUCUUCAAGUACGUUUUGAUCCACGUGGAGCCCGCGGGAGCGGGGCCGGGCAAGGACAUCGUCCGCGGACACGCCUGGGCUGAAUACCACGCCGAUCUCUACGAGGAAGCGGCGGAAGAGCUGGAGAAGCGGGGCCUGCGGUGCCGGUGCCUGGGCGGCGGCAGGAUCUCCCACCAGAGCGGGGCCAAGAAGAUCCACGUGUACGGCUACUCCGUGGGUUUUGGCCGCGCAAAACAUGCCAUUGCCACAGAGAAGCUGAAAGCCAGGUACCCCGAUUAUGAAGUCACCUGGGCUGAUGAAGGAUACUGACCACUUCCUCUAAGGAGCUCACCUUUGCCACGGAACAGCAGCAAGUGGGACUGACGGGGGAAGCCAGAUGUUGGUGUGCGUGGAAACCUGUCGGCCUCUGGAUUUGUUCUUUAAACUGCCUUAUGAUCAACCUGCUGUGCCUGUGCAUCGAUAGAAGGAAAUAAACAAUUGUGCUCGCUGCUUAAAGUGUCACGUCCCCUCACACAUCUUCCUGGAUCCGUUCCCUUCCUGCGGUGGCUUUUGACCAGAUAGAAACAGCGGCGAAGGGAGGAGGACAGCUUUAUGUCCGUGCAGGCCAGGGAAAAACGCAGAGGAGGCAGCUGAGCCCAGCCCAAGCAAUUAAGAGCUGAAACAAUAAGCACGCAGCGGUAACUGGCAGUACUCAGAAUGUAAGCUCGUGGAGAAUGUCUCCACUUGCCGCAGGAGCUCUGUUUCGUACAUCUACAAAGCAGCAGUACUUCCAACUACAGUUUUAAGCUGCUUUGUUUUCUUGAUAACUGUAGCUGUUAGGUUCUUUUUCUCCUGUAAAACAGAGUUGUUGCAACAUUUCCUGAUAUGGAAAGCUGUGGGAAGCUGCUGGAAAAGCAAAUAAAAAGGCUCCUUUCUGGGCCUGAUCCAGGCCGCAUAUCAAGGAGGGCUUUGUCUGCUGCAGCCCAGCACGAGAGCAUGCCGAUUGCUUUGGCGCUUCAGGCCGAGGGUGAAGCAGUGCUUGGGAUUGCCCUCUUGAUGACCUGGGGACCCAGCUGUUGGACAGCAUGCGAGCCUGCAAGGUCUUUCCUGGAGUUUAUGGCCUGGUUGCACGAAGUCCAAGGGCGCCUUCGCGGAAAAGAGGGGUUGGGUUUCUUGGAUGUGACAGCAGCAAGCUCUUGCGAAACCUCACUUUCUUGGAAGCAAGGUUUUGUAAUCUGUUACAGUCUGGAUCUCAGGGCAUGUUUAAAUAAAAGUAGCCAUGCAUAA